GGCUCAAAUAUGGUGAGCAAAGAAAUGGCUGACGAGCAUGGGGAUUUGAACCACCGCCGCUAGUAAGCUGGUGUAACACCAAUUCAAUCGGUACUACGUCCGUAGUAAAAAUACAAUAGUUAGUUGGGGGGCGAUAGCCAUAUAUAAAUCGCAACUCAAACGCUUAACUCCACAACGGGAAUUAUUUAACAAAUGGCGCAGAAUACAAAUUCUAUUGGGGUUUUCUUGGCUAUCAGCUUAAUUGGUAUCCUUGUAUCGCAUUCUAAUCAAGAGACUCUGCCAUGCGCGCUGAAAGAGUAUAGCACUGGUCUCGUAUGUGUUUGCAAUUCUAAGUAUUGUGACUAUUUGGAUGAUCCGACGCCAAACGAAGAAUAUGUUUUUGCUGUUGUCUCUUCGUCAAAGGCGGGCCUGCGCUUCGAGACGACACGUGGCCAGUUUAAUCUCUACAAGAAAUAUUAUAUUUUCGAUUACGAUCAGCUCACCGUCAGAUCUAUGCAAGCUCCGGCUACUGAAAGCAUUGAGAUAGAAGUUGAUAGAGAGAAACGAUGGCAGAAGGCUCAAGGUUUUAUUGGUUCGAUAUCCGAAUCAAUUGAAAAUACUUUAAAAAUCUUCCCAAAAACAUUGCGAAAGCAUAUCUAUCAAUCCUUCUUUACGCAACACGGUAUUGGCGUCGAUUUCAUGCGUGAUCUGGUAUUUGGUGUCAGCGAGAAGUAUAUACAGGAUUUGGAUCCUAUUUUUGGAUCAUGGGAGCGUGGUGAGGAAUUCGCACAAACCUUAUUAACACACCUUAAACACGAUACCAAUGAAUCGGAACGGAUAAGCUGUAACAUUUUGUUGGACCAUGAGGGCGGCGAUGCGCCAAUGAUUGCCAACACCACAAAUCACCUUGAGGUUUACAAACAACCGCUGUUCUAUACAAUGGGGCAUUUCACGAAAUUCAUAGCUGGAGGUUCGGUUCGUAUUGCUGCUGAAAAUAAAAAUAAUAAUGUGAAUGUGGUGGCCUUUUUGAGAGCAGAUAAAAGUGUGGCCGUCAUCAUCUUAAAUCGUAAUCCCGUUAGUGUUGAUGUUGGCAUACAAGACACCUAUCGCGGAGCUGUUUUAUUCAAAAUCCCUCCACAGUCGAUUCACACUGUCCUAUAUAUUUAAAUAUAUACCACAUUUUUAAUAUAAUAUAUAUAUUAAUAUGUACUUAGUUUUUAUACUUUCAAACUGUAAAUAUUAAAAGGAACCAACAAAGCA